AUGGCCAGCGGAUGCGAUCGCCGUGGCAGUGGGGAAACUUCGGAGGGCUGCAUGGACUGCAGCAGUGAUGGCGGUCGGCAGCUGGGCCAGAGCGGCAGAGACAGCCACGAGGGUGGCCUGGACUUCUUGCAAGACCGCGAUGAAAUCAGCAGCUGCAGCAGGUGGAGCAGGCCCGUCUUCAGAGCGUCGCAGAGGCUGGACAGCAGGGGCAGAAGGAGGCGUCGUCCGGCCCUGGAGGACGUCGGCGUAACCAAGGUCCGCCCGAGCAGCAAGCAGACGCCGCUGGGCGGGUUGUCGCGGAGGAGUAGCAGGUGGAGCAGGUGGUGGCGCAGCUCGGCGCCGCUGCUGUUGACCAUCAGAGCGGGACGUCUGCCGCAAGGGAGGUGCCCCAUGGACCCAAAUAAUAGCUGCCUAACCGCCAUAGAGGAUGUUGUCACGACAGACCGCACUCUGUCGGCGGCAACAUCCGCCACACCACCCGCCCACAGCGAUACCGCGUCCACGGUCGGCGCUUCUUGCGCUCCCUCAGGCUACCGCCCCAUCUCUGCCGUUGAGCUGUAUGUGAUUAUGAAUCGCAUAGCAAAGCCAGAAACACCCGCAGAAAAAGAGGCCGCGGAAAGGGCACGGGCUGCUGAACAGCAGGCCCCGCCUCGCGGUGAACGCCGCCUACCCGCCCGCAACCUGCAACCACCUACCAACACACAGCCGGAACCCAGUGCUGCUGGGCUACUCCCACCGCACCCCCCGACCCGCGCCGAAAAUGGACAGGCUGCCCCUGCUGCGCAGACACCCGUCGCAAAACAGUGCCAGCCUAGUACAGCCCCAGCGCCACCCGCCCCCGCGGCCGCGAGCGCUAUCAGUGAUGAUCUGCAGACGCUACUGCAAACAUUAAACAGAAUCAUGACACAACUACCCAGUCUAGUCUCCGCAGCUGCGACGGCCCUCCAGGCCAUCGCCCAGCCCCCCAGUCAUGGAUAA